AUAGGCUCCAGCACCCCCCGCGACCCUCGUGAGGAAAAGCGGUAGAAAAUGAAUGAAUGAAUGAUUUAUUAAUAUAUUUUUGUUUUGAAAAAAAGAACAGUGGUAUCAAAACCAGACAUGUGUAUCUACCCGCUGACCCCCAACUUCCAACCACAACAAUCCAGCAGCCAGACAACAAAUGACAACUCUGCCGGCCUUCACAUUUCAGACAUAGUUCAGGCUGCAGUGUAAAACAUUCCUGCAUGCUUCCACAUAGAUAUUGUUACAGCUGCCUUUUGGAGGUCACAUUUUUAGGACGGGUGAAGAGUUAAUGCAUGAGACGGGGUGUUUUAGUUGUGUAUCUCUGGUAGUCUUAUCAUUGUGUUGCUGGGAGCCUCGUUUAGAAAGGAAAAAAGUGUUUUUGCAGGACCCCUGGCGGGUCUCGAAUCCCGGUUUGAGCACCGUCAUCCAUCCAUGUUGUUAUUGUGUUCAAUCAGGAUGUCCGCAAACUUAAAGACACCCGCGCUGAGACGUUUACUAGCGGUCGGGAUGUGCGAGUGUUUUUUUUUUUUUUAGCGGCGCUCGUCCUCGCCGCUCUUAGUCCCGGACACCUCCGCUCCUCGGCGGUCGGUCGCAUGCUGCGUGGCGGUCCCAGUCGUGGAGGAAGCACGUAGAGCGCUAAAGGAAAGGGGGGGAAAAAAGGAAGGAAGUGGGGUAAGGGAUGCAUUUUAAUACCAAAUCGGGACACAUGUUGAGCUAACGGCCCGCUCCACCUCCCCCUUCUUCUCCUUGAAACACAUUUGUUCCUCAGCUCGUCGCUUUGGAUCAAACCAGCGGAUCUUCGCCUCAACGUUGUAGCGAAGGAAAAGGACCAUGGAUCUCAGUAAAAUUGCUGUCAGCAUCAAUAAGGCCAUCAACACGCAGGAGGUUGCCGUCAAAGAGAAGCAUGCAAGGACCUGCAUUUUGGGCACUCAUCAUGAGAAAGGCGCUCAUACUUUCUGGGCAGCGGUGAACCGACUUCCUCUCUCCAGCAAUGCGGUGCUCUGCUGGAAGUUCUGUCACGUCUUCCACAAGCUCCUGCGAGACGGACAUCCAAACGUGAUAAAGGACUCGAUUCGGAAUAAGGCUGAUUUGACUGAUAUGAGCAGGAUGUGGGGUCACUUGAGUGAAGGCUAUGGGAAGCUCUGCAGCAUCUACCUCAAACUGCUCAUCACCAAAAUGGAGUUUCACAUCAAAAACCCUCGCUUCCCUGGCAACCUGCAGAUGUCAAACAGACAGCUUGAAGAGGCAGGAGAGAAUGACGUCAACAACUUCUUCCAGUUAACCGUGGAGAUGUUCGAUUACCUGGAGUGUGAGCUCAAUCUCUUCCUUGGCGUCUUCAGCUCACUGGAUAUGUCUCGGUCUGUGUCAGUGACGGCGGCAGGCCAGUGUCGUCUGGCCCCGCUCAUCCAAGUCAUCUUGGACUGCAGUCACCUGUAUGACUACACGGUUAAGCUGCUCUUUAAACUACAUUCAUGCCUUCCAGCAGACACUCUCCAAGGCCACAGAGAUCGCUUCCACGAACAGUUUAAGAAGUUGAAGAGCUUGUUUUAUCGCUCCAGUAACUUGCAGUACUUCAAGAGGUUGAUUCAGAUUCCACAGUUGCCUGAGAAUCCGCCAAACUUCCUACGUGCGUCCGCCUUGUCGGAGCACAUCAGCCCUGUGGUCGUCAUCCCAGCGGAGUCGUCUUCCCCAGAGUCAGAACAUCUGGUGGAAACCGAGGACCUAGUAGACACGGACAUCCCGAUUCUGCCGGCUCCUUCGGAGACAAAAUUUGAUGACCUAUUUGGCACGUCUGCUGCAAUCGACCCCUUCAACUUCAACAAUCAGAAUGGGAUGCGCAAGGAUGAUAAAGACCGACUGAUUGAGCAGCUGACCAGGGAGAUCCAAGUCCUGAAAGAUGAGUUGGAAUCAUUCCGACUGGAGAGUGGACGAUUAUGUCAGGCAUUGAGGGGGCGUGUCAGUGAGCUGGAGGCGGAGCUAGCAGAGCAGAGCCAUCUGAGGCUACAGGCAGCGGGGGAGAGCGAGUUCCUGAGGGCCGAGCUUGAUGACCUGAGGAGGGUCAGAGAGGACACAGAGAAAGAGCAGCGGAGUCUGACAGAAAUCGAAAAAAAAGCCCAGGCCAAUGAGCAGCGCUACACCAAACUGAAGGAGAAGUACACCGAGCUGGUGCAAAGUCACGCUGACCUACUGAGGAAGAAUGCAGAGGUGACACGGCAGAUGACGGUGGCUCGGGCGGCUCAGGAUGAAGUGGAUGCAGUGAGGAAAGAGAUGCAGGACAAGGUGAAGGCCGCCCAGGAGGCCGCAGGCAGACAGGAACGAGAGCAGAGGGAGCACCUUGAGGAGAUGCGCAGAGAGCUGCUGUCCAGCAGGGCGGAGCUGGACUCCAUCAAGACCAUCAUGGCCUCAUCACAACAGUCAAGCGAGGCUCUCGGCACUCAGUUAGCUGCUCUGGAAUCGGAAAAGGCAGAACUCGUCGAGUCCUUGUCCAAAGCAGAGACGGAGCUGGCUGUCCGGGGGGAGGAGCUUGAGCGAGUCCAAACCUCAUUAGCCAGUGAGAGGGAGAGCGGCGUGAAGACGGCGGAAGCCCUGCAAAAUCAGCUCAAUGACAAGGAGAGCAGGGAACAGGCGUUGGAGAGCCAGCUUGUCGCGGCCCGCUGGAGCAGUCUGCAGGGAGCUGUGGAAGAAGCAGAGAAGAUCAUCCAAGACUCGCUCACCCAGAUCGAUGACCCGGCACACAUCAGCUGCACCAGCUCAGCAGACUACCUGGCAUCCAGAUGUCAAGCCUCUUUAGACUUUGUGGACCAGCUCCAUACUGCCAGAGACGCCUUCUUGGCUGACAACACAGGUGUGUCUCAUUUGAUUAAAGUGGUGACCCGAUGUGGGCACCUUGUGGGCGACACCAUUGUUCAGGGCAGUGCCACCUCUCACAUGGUGCCUGUGGAGCAGGCUGACGCCCUAUCAGAGAGUGUGAAGGCGUGCGGCGCUGAGGCGCUGGUUCUGCUGGGCCACAUGAAGACUAAAGAAAGGCUGACGACAGCAGACAACUGCAAUCUGAAGGCCGCCCUCCAAACCAUCCUGUCUUCCGCAGAGAAACUGCGUCCCCGGGGUUUGGAGCUGCAGCAAGGCGAGCUGGGCGAUCUCGUGGAGCAGGAAAUGGCGGCCACUUCUGCAGCUGUGGAAUCUGCUGCUGCCAGGAUCGAGGAAAUGCUCAACAAGUCUCGAGCAGUUGAUACAGGCAUCAAGAUGGAGGUCAAUGAGAGGAUCUUAGCGUCGUGCACAGACCUGAUGACGGCCAUCAAGGCUCUUGUUCUGUCCUCCAAAGAUCUGCAAAGGGACAUUGUGGAGAGUGGGCGGGGGGCGGCAUCUACUAAGGAAUUUUAUGCCAAGAAUUCUCGCUGGACAGAGGGCCUGAUUUCUGCCUCCAAAGCAGUCGGCUGGGGUGCAACUGUCAUGGUAGAUGCGGCUGAUUUGGUGGUGCAGGGCAAAGGGAAGUUUGAGGAGUUGAUGGUAUGUUCUCAUGAAAUUGCUGCCAGCACAGCGCAACUUGUUGCCGCCUCCAAGGUAAAAGCAGACAAAGAUAGUUCCAACUUGCAUCGCCUGCAGCAAGCGUCGCGAGGCGUCACCCAGGCGACUGCCGCUGUUGUGGCAUCCACCAAGUCUGGGAAGUCCCAGAUUGAAGACAAAGAUACUAUGGACUUCUCCAGCAUGACGCUCACACAGAUCAAACGACAAGAGAUGGACGCCCAGGUCUUGGUGCUGGAGCUGGAAACACGUCUGCAGAAGGAGCGUGAGCGUCUCGGAGAGCUGAGGAAGAAACAUUACGAGCUGGCCGGGGUAGCAGAGGGCUGGGGGGAGGACGAGGAAGGUUCAGGUUGAUCGUCCGUCCCCCUCCCCUCCGACAUGGCCUUCUACCUGAAGAAAAGUCAUUCUUUUUUUUAUUUAUACACUCUUCCCCUUACUCUCUUGUCUCGCUUGUGUUCUCCUCUUCCAUUUGUUUGUUCGUCAAGCCAAAUGAAACGGUGCUUGUUCUCAACCUGCUUCUUCGACGCACGUGUAGGAUCUUCCGUUGCGGACAGCGCCAAGGGAACGAGACUAGGAAUGGAAGCAUCACCCGGACUUGAUCUUGAACCCUUCUAUCAUUAUUAUUUAUUAUUAUUAUUAUUAUUUGUGCUCCAAUUUGAACACACUCCCUAGCAGUUGCAGUAGGGACUCUUGAUACUCAUGAUGAGCACAACGUCUGCCACAACUACACGAGAGCGGGGGUGUGAGCCCCCCCAAAUCGGAUGUCGAUGGAAGAAAACGAGAAGUACAAGAAGAAGCGACACUGCGUGGAGGAGCCUGAGGUCAGUUUUGGUGUCGCUCGCUCCUUUCUAAACUACCUGUUAAGUCCAUCGUCUUCACUGGACUUUCUGCCUUUUUCACCUUUUGGAACAAACCCGACUGUUAAAUCAAGCUGAACUUUCAUCUCGUUUCUAUUUUUUUUUUAUUUUUUAUUUUUUUAAGUGGUUGCUUCCACAGAAACCCGCUCUCAACUGCCAACUUGCAAAGGAGGGAAGCUCACACCCCUCAUUGUAAUGCAUCAGAGGUCAUAGCAGGACAGUGAGUAACAGUUAUUUACACUUUUAAUUCCUAACAAUGUAUUUUUUUAUAUCGAGGGGGGGAAAAAAAGCACCGACAUCUUGUUUCAUUGUGUAAACUUUGGAAUUUUAAAGCUGCUUUUUAUUUGGAACAAACAGAUGCAUCUCAAUAAAUGGGAACGGGACUCCGACAUUCCAUAGAUUGUUCAACAAUGGAUGUCUUCAUCAUCUUGAUGACGAAACCUCAAAGAUAAUAAAACGCCCAAAUUACCAAAAAAAGUUAAAUAUUGUAACUAAGGAUGCUCUGAUAGAUAUGAAAAAACUGCAUUUAAAGAGCAUCACUUGAUUAUGGUAGGCAGCGCGGUGCACGAGUGGUUAGCCUCACAGCUAGGAGACCCGAGUUCCAAUUCCACCCUCGGCCAUCUCUGUGUGGAGUUUGCAUGUUCUUUCCAUGCAUGCGUGGGUUUUCUCCGGGUACUCCGGUUUCCUCCCACAUUCGACUCCAAAUUGUCCAUAGGUAUGAAUGUGAGUGUGAAUGGUUGUUUGUCUAUAUGUGCCCUGUGAUUGGCUGGCCACCCCGCCUCUUGCCCCAAGACAGCUGGGAUAGGCUCCUACCAUCAACACCCCCCCCCCCCCCCCCCCCCCCCCCGCGACCCUUAUGAGGAAAAGCGGUAGGAAAUGAAUGAAUGAAUGGUUGACCCUGGAGCGGCAUGGCGGUCGAGCCUCACAGACAGCUAGGAGACCCGAGUUCAAUUCCACCAUCUCUGUGUGGAGAGUACAUUUUAAAAUAUGGAGAGUACAUUUUAAAAUAUGGAAACGAUGGGAUGGCUGCACGGUGGACAAGUGGUUAGCGUGCAGACCUCACGGCUAGGAGACCCGAGUUCAAUUCCACCCUGUGUGGAGUUUGCAUGUUCUCCCCGUGCAUGUGUGGGUUUUCUCCGGGUACUCCGGUUUCCUCCCACAUUCCAAAAACAUGCUAGGUUAAUUAGCGACUCCAAAUUGAGUGUGAAUGGUUGUUUGUCUAUAUGUGCCCUGUGAUUGGCUGGCCACCAGUCCAGGGUGUACCCCGCCUCUUGCGUGAAGACAGCUGGGAUAGGCUCCAGCAUCGCCCUUGUGAGGAUAAGCGGUAGAAAAUGAAUGAAUUAGGCGGUGACGCUAAUAACCUGAAUGAUAAUUAAAUUCAUUAGAUGAGAGCAACCGUUCUCGAAAUUAAGGUUCCUUUGUAUCUUAUAAUUAAUCCAUGUGAUCAUUAUCGGACAAUUUCAGUCCUGGAUGAUGGGAAUCGGAGCAUCCCGAGUGUUGAAUUGGUCUGAAUUGAACUUCUGAAAUCAAACAACGUUUCCGCCAUGUUGUCAUUUAUUGACAUGCAGCUGUAAUUAAGACUGUUUUCUUCUUUAACUGUGACGAUUGAGCUGCAUUAUCACACAUUGCCCCUGAAACACAAUUUUUUUUUGGGGGGGGGGGUGGACCGCUUCCUUAGCUUGAAGACCACAUAGCUGUGUGUACAUAAGUCAUCUUUCCGUUUUUCAACCGCAUCAUUGUUUGUGGAGUCAGGAAUGUAAAAAUGUAAAGUGGGGCAGGUCAUCCUUUUGCCCCAAGAGCUCACUUCGAGAACACAUCUCAUGACUGUGGUGUCUUUGUGUGUCUUCAGCCUAAUUCCGACACUAGAAGUUGUCUCUCACCGGGUUUUGCGUAGACGCGAAUUAAACAGUAUUUGCCAAUAAUUCUUAGAGUGAAGUAGUUUCUUUUUAGUGGGGAACUUGUAUUAGUUCCCAAGGUGAAGUAAAGGUCAGGUUCAAACUGCAGUGAUGUCGUUAUUAGAUUGAAUAACCGCUUCACUUGUGUUCCGUCACACUACAGUACCUUCUUUUGUGAGUCCAAUUUGGGAUACUUAUUAAAACCGCAGUAAUUAAGGUGACUUAGAAGACGAAACAAACGCACUUUGAGCGAUGAAGGGGUCGUGUAGUCUUAACCUGCGUCGACUCAGCCAAGCCUUUCGAACCGCCUCACACUGUAGUCAAUCAAAAACUUGCUCGCUCGUGUGUCUUUGGACCGUAUACUAAAAACUAUGUUGGUGGUUUUGUUUUUAUUUUUUCAGUUUUUACAAUAAAUAUUUCAACUUGUCAAUACACAAGUAAGUGUCUGGUUUUAUUUCAGUUCAGCUUCAGAGUUGGAAGGUAGGAGUGUUUUUUUAUUGGCUUGCGGCACAAAACAACACACAAUGGGGCCAAAACUGUUCAACUUGUACAUCAAUGAUAUCUCCACAUAUUUGCGUAUGAUACCACUGCUUUUUGUUCUGGAGGGAGUACAGAUGAAAUCAUUAGAAAGGUCAUAGAAGAAAUGGUCACACUAAAAAGAUGGUUUGAUGACAAUAGAUUGUCCUUGAACCUAAAUAAAACUAAAAUCAUGUUGUUUGCUAACAGCAGAAAGGACACAAACCAGGAAAUACAAAUAGAUGGUGUAGACAUUGAAAGGGUGAACGAAAAUAAAUUUCUGGGGCUCACAAUAGAUGAAAAUAUGAGCUGGAAACCUCAUAUUACAAAUAUACAACAUAAGGUGGCCAGAAAUAUUUCAGUAUAGAACAAUAUCUUACUUAUUGUGUGGAAAUAUGGGCUAAUAACUAUAAAAGCAAUCUUCACUCGCUAAAUGUACUGCAAAAAAGGUCAGUAAGGAUAAUUCAUAAUGCCGCCUACAGAGAACAUACUAACUCCUUAUUUCUAAAAUCACAAAUACUUCAACUUGCUGAUAUAGUUCAUCUUCAAACAGCUAAAAUAAUGCAUAA